UUUCGAGUAUAUCAUAUUUGAAUUGUCGAGGUAUAGUGAGAGGGAAGGAGCAGUAGGCAGGUGAUACCCCACAUCCUCGACUUUUUGAUCGGAGAAGUGGCGUUGUGGUAACGGUCAUAAAAUUUGAAAAAACUAAAAAGUAUAUUGAUCUGCAUAUUGAAGCGCCUUCUUCUUUUGAAUAAGCGUUAAAUGCAAAUAUAAUUAUUUGAGGACUAAAAUACUCAAUUCUCGACUAAACCAUGAAAAUGUUAAAAGCAGUGAAGAAGCUCAAAUUCUGGUCAAGUAAGAAGAGAAAGAGGAAGUCCCUUGGCUUUGACCCUUCCUCUCCUCCCUCCCGUUGUCAUUGCUGCUACUCCUGCUCCUCAACGCAGCCCUCGGCGCCACCGUUGCCGUCAUGGCUCGAGGCAGAGAUGACCCAAGAUGCCAUUCCUACGCCAGAUCAAGCUGAGCUAUUCCCAGAAUUCUCAUAUCCAACUGAUCAGGUUCAGUACCCCACACAAGAUAUUGUAUCAAGCCCCGUGUUUUCAGCUCCAUUCCCAGCCCCAGCCCCAGCCCCAGCCGCAGCCCCAUCCUAUCAGCAAUACUUGGUUCCAAAUCCCGUCUAUGGCCUGCCUGUUGUGCAGACAGCUAGAAGAGAGAGAUCAGCUGGGUUUUUCAGCUGUGUUAUUAAUUUUGGAGUCAAUCUGAUCCGAUGUUUCUGUCCGUGUUUUCGCAUCAGAGAAGAAUUUGGCAGAGAAUUGUGAAGCCCUCAAAUUUCUAAUGGUUUAAGACGACUUUACGAGGAACCUUUUUCCGUAUCUU